GCACGCAGAUCCCAAGGAAAUAAUACAUAAUUGACCCAGAAAAAUUACAUAUAUUUAGCAUCCAAUCUAGAACUUCCUCUGGGCAUAUUUUAAAAUUUUGUUUGCUUUUGCUUUGCACUUUCCAAGAUAAUGCCAACGAGUAUCAACUCAUUUGAAAGAUUUACUUUGUUAAUUCCUUAGUUUUGUUCACACAUUGAAACAUGUUGUAUGAUGAGACUGGGCUUUGUGGCAGAUUAUUUUAAGAUACAAUGCCGGAUACAGAAGUAAAAGGCAUUGAUGAUAUGCUGGCUUAUGUAGGAGAUUUUUCCAGAUACCAGUUAAUAUUGAUAUGUUUGUUUAGCGUUAUAAAUGUUUUAUCAGCUUUCCACUAUUUCGGGCAAACGUUCACUAGCUUAGUACCGGAAUAUUUGUGCAAUACAACCCAAUACAACCAAACGAAUGUCAUUGCUUUGGAGUGUUCGAUAAAACUUUGGGAAAAUGACACUGUAUAUGUGGAGGAACGGUGCACCACUGGGUGGACUUACAAUAACUCAAAUACCCACGGGUAUACAAGUCUUACACAGGAGUUAAACUGGGUGUGCUCUGAUGACUGGAAACCCGUCUUGGGACAGUCAGUGUUUUUCCUUGGAUCAGUCAUUGGGGGAAUUGUGCUUGGAGUACUGGCCGACAAUGUGGGAAGAUUACAUGUUCUGGUCAUUGCCAAUAUGCUGGCGUUUUGUGGAAACGCCGCCACCACCCUAUCUAGUAAUGCUACCACUUUCGCCCUCAGUCGCUUCCUAGCUGGUUGUGCUACAGAUACUAACUUUGUCAUGAUGUAUAUAAUUGUGAUGGAAUAUUUAAGACCCAGCAUGAUUACUUUCGGACUGAACAUCUGCAUUGGGGUGUUUUACUCUAUAUCCUGCAUGUCUGUCCCCUGGGUCGCGGUCUGGGUGGGAAAUUGGAAAACUUUACUCAUUAUAGUGUCUGGAGCGCAUCUCACAGUUCUCCUCUUCUACCUGAUAGUCCCAGAGAGCGCCCAGUGGCUGAUCAGCAAAGGCCGGACGGAAGAAGCCAUUGUAUGUUUCCAACGUAUUGCACGAAUAAAUGGAAGAACAAUCAAACCCAAAGCCAUUGAGUCAUUGCGACAGUACUCGCUUGAGAAUAUUAACUGCAAGCACCAACAGGAGAACUUUUUCGGGCUACUGAAAACACCCAAUCUUAGGAGAAAGACCAUUAUUUUAAUUUACAAAUCAAUGGUUCUCACGCUAUGUUAUGAUGCGAUUUCAAAAAACAUCAACAGCACUGGCAUGUCGCCUUUUAUAGUCUUCACCAUCAGCUCAGCUACAAUAUUACCAGCGUGCCUUUUUAUACUUGCAGUGCAAGAUAAAGUAGGGAGAAAAGCCCUGGCCAGUGGGUCUCUAGUGGUAAGCGGAUUCCUAUCAGUGUGUGCAGGCAUUUAUCUCGCAUUUGUGGAAAAUCCGGAACCUGGUGGGCUUUUGGUUCUAGCCAUUAUUGCCAGGCUAGGAAUAAAUAUCGCUUACAACUCAGGCCAUCAAUACGCGGUUGAACUUUUGCCAACAGUAGUUAGAGGGCAAGCGGUAGCCGUGGUGCAUGUUGUUGGAUUUGGGGCUACUUUCUUCAGCACGCAAAUCCUGUACUUAGCUGAGUUUUGGAGACCCUCCCCAGAAAUUAUUUUAGGAUUGUUGAUGAUCUCAGGGGCGGUCGCUUGCCUGUUUCUCCCAGAGACCCUCAACCAAGUGCUCCCAGUUACGUUGCAGGAUGGGGAAGCGUUUGGGGAGCAUGAGAAAACUUGGCAGUUUGCGUUGUGCGGAGGAGGAAACAGCGAAAGCACGACUAUUUUACAUCGAAAUGCAAAUGAUCAUUGAAACAU